AUAAGAAUACAGAGCAUAUAUAAGAAUAAUCAUGACAACAUCGCUACAAGGAAAUCGCAUCUCAAAUUCUCUUACGAUGCUAAUAAAUAUCAGUAUCUUUUGAAGACUUCAUCAGUCACAUAAAAUCUCUCAGCCGAUUUUACGUGCUCUCAAGGCGCCAUUCAUCAAACGGAUUCUUCCAUGCUGAUAACUUACAAUACGUUUGUCUGAAGCAAAUACCAUCACCAACAAAAUUAAUUAUAAAAUAGAAAAAUAGAAAACGGAAGUGAUAACAGCUAGCACUUGAUAGAUAGAGCAGAAACAAAUGGAAAUGAUGAAUGAUGACAAAUCAGAUUGUAUAAAACAAAAUCAUAUUCAGGAUAUCAUGAAAGAAAUCAAACCAAGUACAAAAAAUGAAAGCAAUGGCAUCGAUAAAAAUAUAGACAAAAACGAAUACUAUGAACUUGUAGAGGCAAAAAAUACCGUUAAAUACAUCAAAUAUGUUCUGACAAGAAUGAAGCCUAUAAUCGAUCAGAAUUCUGCGAAACCAAAGGAUUAUGAUAAAUGGACGGAGGAAGAACAAUACAAACACAUUGCAGAUAAUAUAAAAACAUAUAUCCCAAAUAUACCACAAUCCUUAUUAUUUUUUUUAUCAGGCUCAUUAUAUCGAGGAGAUUGUGGUCGAAAUUCGACGGACAAACCACUCUGGCUGGACAUGAAAAAAUUCCAGAGAGGUCAAAAAUUCGUGCUAGAUCAUUUUGGCUCAAUUUUUUUCGCUAAUGCAUUAUCGCUUUUUCAAUUAUUCGCUAUUGCAGAUGGUCUUAAACCGCUUAUUUUUAGCAAACAAUCUCACACGCCGUAUUUAUCGUUUAAAAGGUAUUUGUCUACGGCUUGUCAUAUAAGAAAUUGGAUGACGGAAGAUCCAUGGACCGUGGGCACGCGAGCAUAUAACGAUAUACAAAUUGUGCGUAGAAUGCACCGUGCAAUCCGAUUGAAACUCUGUGAACAUGAUACUGAGGAAAUCGAUAUGGCUUCUAAAAUUCCAAAUCCAUGGUGUCCUGAUAGAAAAACAAUUUUAGAAGAUUUAUCUUCCUGUCCACAUCCGACUAUAGAAAAUGGUUGUAUCCAUCUAUUGAUCAAACCCAAAGGGUUGAAUCAAGCAGAUAUGUCAGCCACACAAUUCGCUUUCAUGGGGAUAAUUUUGUUAUAUCCUCAAAAAUUCGGCAUUUAUGCUAGCGAUGAAGAUAUGGCAGCUUUUUGCCACACAUGGAGAGGUAUAGGAUAUCUUCUUGGCAUAGAAGAUCAAUACAAUUUCUGUUGCGGAAGUCUGGAGGAAAUUAAACAAAGAUCACACGACUUUAUCGAAGUUUGGAUGAAACCCUUUUUGAGGCAAGUAACGCCCGAAUGGGAACAUAUGCUGAGAUGCAUGAUGGAAGGCAAUUCUUAUUAUGAUAAUUUUUUCACAUUCAAGAUGGCACUACUGUUUAUCACCAAUUUAUUGAAUAUAGAUAUGCCACGUACGCGAAGUACGCUCACUUAUUAUGAAUGGUUUAAACUCAGUCUAAGUCAAUUCUUGAUACCCCGUGUUAUGAAGAUACGAUUUGUAAGAGAGUUUCUGAAUAAAAACCUUCAUAAGAAAUUCGAUAAAGCAGUCAAAUAUGGAUCUAAAAAACAUAUGGAACUUAAAAAGAGAUCUGAAAAGACUUUAGCUGAGGGCCGAUAAUAUUUGUAUACAGGAGUUUUAUUUAUAUACAUUAUUAGGUAUUAUAGUUAAUAAACAUUAGCAUUAAUAGGUAUUAAUAUAAUAAUAGAUAUCAAUGUAAAAUGAUAUUAGAUCAUAUUGUGUUUGAUAGCUUAAGUUAUGGCUAAGUUAUGGAAUAAUCAUAGUAAAUUGACAAAUACGAAAAAAUUUAUAUUACUCAUGCUAUUAAACUUUUACACAUAAA